UAAUUUCUGUAAAUAUCUUGGACAGACGAUCCAUGUAUGGUUCAGAAGAUCCAUAUAUAAAUUAGAUACAGCUCAAUUAUAUGAAUCUUUUUUUGGGCAUGUGUUAUUAAUAGGGAAUUCAGCCAAAAAAAACACGAACUUUACAGGAAUUGCCAAAAGAAACCUGGACAUAUUGGCUGGCAAAAAAAACACCAUACUUUUGUUGACUUUUUCAGUUUAUUAAGCAACUUAGGAUUGACUGACCAGAUUAACACACCGUUAGAAGAGUUAACAGAUAUUUAAGACGGCUUUAAGCGACGUUAAUUGGGGGCGUUAAUUAAGACGACCUCGUUUUAUCUCUUUGUCUGAUUAAAGACAAAUGAAUGAAACGACAUCGUUUUAGGUAACUUUGUUAUUAAAAAUAUGUGCUUUCCGCGGGUCGAACUCGUGCACUCGUGAUCAAUGGUAGGGGUUGUGCCACUGAGCUAGUGGACUUUUCAAUGGAUUAAUGAACAGAGUUAUUUUUAAACUAUGAAAUAUGAGGUAAAUGAAUCAAAAAGAAACGACGACGUUUUCCUCUUCGUCUUCAAUCUUUUAACGAACACGAACCCUAAAUUCCCAAAAUCUCAAAUCGUGUUUCCUCUUCAAGCUCGAUUCCCUCCUUUCCUUCUUCGAGUAUCGCAUGAUGAGUUCGGGUUGUGAGGAUUCGUCUGUCAAUGCGAUGGGUAUUCGUGGUAUUUCGGGGAAAUGCGAGUGUGGUCGAAGCACUGCGAUAUACACAUCAAAAUCGAAGCAGAAUCCAGGAAGAACCUUCUUUAGAUGCCCAACGUUUCGAAAUGAUCACUUGUAUAAAUGGGUAGAUGAAGCUGUCUACGAAGAGGUUCAGGAUGCAUUGCCAAAAGUCGAGUGCUUUGCAUCGGAUCUCAUGAAAAUUAAAAUGGAGAUCGAAAGCUUCAAAACUGCAGAGGAAGAGUUGAAAGAAGAUGUUAGGAAGGCGAGCAGUGAACUUAAGAAGCUGAAUGUGAUCAUGAAAGUGGGUUUUGUGAUGGUUUUCUUAAGCAUUGUCGCAUGUCUUGUGUUGAUCAUGUUUGAUAAAGCAAAUGGGUUGUCUUUGAAUAGCUACUAGGAGACUCUAUUUAUGUUAUUGUAAUGGUUUCAGUGAUUUGAACUCAUGGUUUAUUUGAGUCUAAUGUUGUAAGACUGUUUAUGUUAUUCUAAAGAUUUCGACUUAUGGUUUAUGUAAAUCGGUAGUAGUUAAAACAACAUCAUGAACACACCAAAAAGACACCAUCUUGUUACAAAAGCAUAGAGUAAAC